UCAGACGGUUAGACGAGUGCGGCGCGGGUGUUUUUAAGUGGUGCCGUUUCGCGUUUUGUUCUAUUUUUCUUCUCAAAAAAUAGAAACUAAAACACAUUUUUUUUUAAAUUUGGUUUUUUAAUAAUUUUCCUAAUUUUUUCUUUACUGAAUUUUAUUUUGGAAAAACAAAUCGGCUUUUUCAAUAAAAUUUAUUUGAUUUAAAAUUGAAUUUAUUGUGUGGACGCGAAAAGUGUGAAACAAGUUUUCUCUCUCGAUGACUCAAGUAUGGAUAAUAAAGAACAUAAAGAAAUUAACCACAUAGUGCUUAUUUUAACUUAUCAGUCUUGUGUUGCAUAUCUGAGAGAUUAUGAUAAGACAAGUGCCUCCAAUUAUAAAUUUAUUUCAAAACAAAAAUAAAUUUAAAACAAAUACACAAACUUUCCUCUCAACGCUAAAAACCUAAAACAACAAAAAACAAAUUAGUUAUUGUUAAUAAUUUUAUUUCUGUGAUCCAUGUCUGACAAACAAAAAAAAAAUAUAACAAAACCAAAUUGAUUAAUGCAAACUUUAAGUAGGCAAAAUCUUCUGAUUGUGAUAGCUCAAAGCAUACAACAAACAAAUUAUGAAUAAAUGUGUGCAUUUUGUUUUAAUAAAUCACUAAAACUUUAAAUACAAACAACAAUAAAAAAGAACAAAAUAAUUAUGACGUCAAAUAACGAAGAAAGUUAUGCAUCACCGUCCAUAACCGACAUCAGUGACAGCAGCAUCGAUGUUGACGAUGAAGAAGAUGAAUCCUGUCAUCCGCUGUCGCCCGAAUGUUCCUGCAGUAGUUUAAAUAGUGAAACCGCAUCAACAAUUGCCUGUACAAGUGACAAUACCAUACCUUCCUGCGUUCCAUUAGUAGCAGUUCAAGAUAGUCCUGGGACAUCAUCGGCAGCAUCUGUUUCGACAUCAACUGCGUCCACAGCACCAAUUGAUCGACACUAUCCGCCUGACAAUCGUUUCCUACAUCGCAAAUUACCCCUACCCGCAUCGAAACGUAAUUUACUCCAGACCAGCGGAGGUGCUUGUGGAGCUGGUGGAGGAGGUUCAAGUGCUGAUAAUGAUAAUCUCUCAGAGUCAAUUGCUACCACAACAACAGAAAUCGAUAUCGAUCAGGAUCUUAGUUUGCGCACAGAUAUAAUAACUGAUACACAUCUAAGUCCAUCAGCCGGAGGCGGCUGUGGUGGCGCCGAAACUGGCGCCUGGAAGGGUGGCUCGGAAAUUGUUCGUAGUUGCUCGAUUCGCAGCAAGAGAUCAUUUGCAUUGUCGUUGCGGAGUUCGAUUCGUUCCUGUUCUGGAUUUAAGUGUGAACGUCAGAAGUCCGCAUCGCACGGCGCAUUGCCACAUCCGCAUUCGCUUCCCGUAGUCGUUCAAAUUAAACCAAAAAUUAGAAUUGUAGAAUUUAUACGAAGGAUAUUUACACAUUUUAAGAGUUCUGGAAUCGGAGAGCCUAGUGUGUACCAUGCCUUGGUUGUGAUAUUUUUAGAAUUUUUCGCAUGGGGUCUGCUAACGAUGCCCGUGAUAGCGGUCCUUAAUCAAACAUUUCCGGAUCAUACAUUUCUAAUGAACGGUCUGGUUAUGGGAAUCAAGGGUAUUUUAUCGUUUUUAAGUGCACCACUAAUUGGAGCACUAUCCGACAUAUGGGGGAGGAAAUUUUUUCUCUUAAUAACGGUAUUUUUCACAUGUGCCCCCAUACCAUUGAUGACAAUAAACACCUGGUGGUUUUUCGCCAUGAUCUCAAUUAGCGGUGUGUUUGCGGUCACAUUUUCGGUUGUGUUCGCUUAUGUUGCUGAUGUAACAACUGUUGAAGACCGGUCGAAAGCUUAUGGACUGGUUUCAGCGACAUUUGCUGCAAGUUUGGUUAUUUCACCAGCAAUGGGUGCAAUGCUAAUGGAAAUGUACAGUGACACGUUAGUGGUAGCUUUAGCUACCGCUAUAGCGGUGUUAGAUGUAUUCUUUAUAUUAGCUGCAGUACCAGAAAGUUUGCCAGAAAAAGUGCGACCAUCGUCGUGGGGCGCACCAAUCAGUUGGGAACAAGCUGAUCCAUUUGCUGGCCUUCGUAAAGUUGGCACAGAUCACACAAUUCUAAUGCAAUGCGUAACAGUAUUGUUAUCCUAUCUCCCUGAAGCUGGACAGUAUUCAUGUAUAUUUGUAUAUUUGAAAUUAAAAAUGGGCUUCAAUUCAGUUGAGGUAUCAAUAUUUAUUGCUAUGGUUGGAAUUCUCAGUAUAAUCGUUCAAGUUACGUUAGGUGUUUUAAUGCAGGUACUUGGUGCAAAACGUACAAUAAUUUUAGGUCUUAUUUUUGAAAUGAUGCAAUUACUGUGGUAUGGAUUUGGUAGUCAAACAUGGAUGAUGUGGGCAGCUGGAAUCCUAGCUGCGUUAGGUUCCGUUACAUAUCCAGCGAUUAGUGUUUUUGUGUCUAUCCAUUCGACAGCAGAUAGACAAGGCGCCGUCCAAGGAAUGGUAACUGGAAUGCGUGGUCUAUGCAAUGGACUUGGUCCAGCUAUGUUCGGUGUUAUAUUUUAUCUAUUUAACGUUGAUCUAAACGACGAACACAAUAGUAUAGGUCACAAUGGGGAAGAUGGUGUACGGAAUGAAACCCUACAUCCGGACACUUACGCACAAUUAGCGCCUGGUCCACCAUUCGUUUUUGGUGCUUUUAUGGUUGUUUGUGCCAUAAUGGUAGCUGUAUUUAUACCAGAAAGUCGCAGUGAUGUUAGUAUAAGCAGAUCAGCGAGCGAAAAAAAGAGAGUCUCAUUGGAUGUCCAAUAUGAAAUCGAAUGUGGUCGCAAAUCCUCGAGUCCCUUAGCUCCGUUAAUGCGAUCGGAUUCAUCUGCGCAACUGUAGUAUUUUUAGAUUUGUUUUUUCUAGAAUUUAAAAAAUUUUUACUUGUUAAUACGUUGAAAGAAAACAAAAGAAAAAAAAAACGGAGCAAAAUGAUAGUUCUUACUUAUAAAUAUAUUUUUUUUUUGUUAUUGCUAAUUUAAUUGUUUAAUUUUAGCAAAAUUAUGUACAAUUUUGAAAAAAAAUCAAAAAACCACAAAAUUUAAUGGAAAAAAGUCUUAUUAAAUUAACAACAACACAAAACACAACACUCGAAUGUUGUUGUUUAUGUUUAUUUAUUUUUUUUAAACAAAAAAUUUAGAACUUUGGAAUUUAUUUGAAACCAAAAGAAAAACAAAAGCAAAGUAUCACAUUCUGUAAAAUAUUUCAAAAUUAAAAACAAAAAACAAUCUAGUUUUAUUUUUAAGUACAUAUUAUUUUUUUUUAUUUCAAUAUAAGCGAUAAGUUAUUAUUUAUGAUUCAAAUAAGUUAAAACAAGAUUUAUUUCAGAUUAUGAAAAAAAGGAAAUAUUAAAUGUAAAAUUUUCAUGCACCCUCGAUGUGUUUAAAGAAAAAUUAUUUAAUUUUCUUUGCUUUUUAUUUUUCAAUAUAAAAACGUAAGAACAUUUUUGUGAGAAAAUUAAGCUUUAAAUAUAUUUUUUCUAGCUAUUCAUCACACAUUCGAAGAUUAAGUACUAAUUUAAAUAAAAUAUUUUUCUAAACCACCAACCACUACAACAACCCAAUGCAAUUUUUUUGUCUUUGCCAAAUUGUGGACUUUAUUAAUUUAUAAUUUUAUGUAAUUUAAGACUUUGCCAAUUUAUUUUUGUAUAGAAAAGCAAAAUGAUGUUUUAUUUUUGUUUUGAAUUUAUUUCUGCCAGAAAUAUAAUAAUAUUUUAUUGCUAAAAUGUAAAUUAAAAUCUUAUAAUACACAAAACAACAACAACAAUUAUAAUUUUUAACUUUUAAAAAAAUAAUCAUCGUGAUCUUUAAUUUUGUCUGUAAAUUAUGUAUGUAAUAUAAAAAAUAAAAAAAAAUUAAAUACUAAACAUUUUGUUAUCGAAAGUAAAAAAAAAAAUUAAAAUUAAAAACUUUUCCAAAGAAAUUUAAGGAAACUAGAAUUAAAGAAAAUGAGGGAUAGAAUAGAAAAUAAAUUUAAAAUAUAAUUAAAAUGAUUGUAGUGAUACAUUUUAAAAGAGAAAUGUUACAUUGGUAAGAAAUGUUAUAAUUUUGUAUAAAUGAAAUGAGAAUAUUUAAGAAAGUAAAUCAUAAAAGAGAAAAUAAAAAUAAAACAGAUAUAGAAAUAGAAACAGAGCUGAUACAAAAUGUUGCUACUUUGAACAAUACCUACUAAAAAAAAAAUAAUGAUAAAAACAAAACAGAAAAAAAAGAAAUACAUAUUAAAAUCCAUAGAAUAAAAUUUCCACAAAUUUAAAACCUAAAAAAUAUGUCCUGAAUACUUAUUACAUGUGCCCUCUGUCUGUAUGCAUGUUGUGCAGAAACUACUAAAAACUAACAAACACAAAAUCUACUACCAGAAAAUAAACAAAAGAAAAAAAAAAACAAAAACAGAAGAAAACUAAUUUAGCCGUUAAAAAUUUUAAAUCUAAAAUAUACAAACACUAAAAAAAAAGUAGAAUAUUGAGGAUCACCUAUUUUGCAAGAGAUGUUAAGGCAACGACAAAAAGAAAUUUGAUUUAAAAAAAGAAAUUAGUUAUACUGGAAAAACAAAAUUAUUUGGAUAAACAAAAGAAACAACAUGAACUCAAAAAAAUGUUCGAAUUAUUUGUUUGCAAAACUGUGAGAUGAAUUGUGAGAAUAUUUUAUUAAAAAAAAAAAAAAUGAUGAAAAUGAAAAUAUAUGAUAAUGAAGAGAGAGAAGAAAUAAAUAUAUAUAAAAUACUGAAA